AUAUAUAAUAGUUUUGUAAUAGUUUACCCUGAUCUUCUGUUUUUGUUUUUGGUGUACUAGAAUGGUGUGCAUAGGCCUACACGCAAACAUACGGAUACUGCUCAAAGGGCAAAAUUCAUUCACAUUGGCGCUCUCAUUUCGCUCCCAUUCCACUUGCACUCACAUGCAUGCGCGCACACACAUACACACAUACAUAUCUAGUCACCUAUCGAGUCACCCAGCUGAAGUUAGGCACCGGACUAUCUGUAUAUUAAUCUAGUCCAGCUCCUAACACUGGCAAUGAAGGACGACACAAACGGAGCAGUGGCUGUGACUGUGAAUGAUUACCACGAUGAUUUUCACAACACAGACAGCAGUGAUGAUCAGGCUUUCUGGAGAAAAGAAGAAGAACCACAUUUCAAAAUGGCCUCAACUGUAAGUACUUCACGGUGGGGGCCAUAUGUGGUCUACUCCCUGACUGCUAUUGUACUCAUUGCUCUUAUCAUCACUGUGGCAAUGACCAAUGGUCAGGCUUCUGGAAGGUUCUCUGCUAUAGGGGAGAGUCUGACGAGCAUCAACAAUACUUUCCAGACCCUCAUCUCGACUGUUGAAUACAAUGAUGCUGCCAAGCAGCAAGAAAUCAAUCGAUUGCAGUUCUCGCUGCAGAGUGUGCAGAAGGAACUGGAUAAAGUUGGUGAUUCAGUUAAGUCUUUGCCUGAGUUGGAAAACCAGCUGUCAGAGUUCAAGUGUAGCCUUAUGAGGUUGAUGAAGAAUGACACUACCUUGCAGUGCUGCCCUUUGGGCUGGGUGGGGUACUCCUCCCACUGCUACUUCUUCUCUGGGGAGGGCAUGUCCUGGUACAGCUCCCGGGACAGCUGUGUGAGUCACGGGGCUUCUCUGCUCAUAGUCAAGAGCCUUGCUGAGAAGCGCUUUGUAAUUGGCAGAACGAUGCCACAGUUUUACUGGCUGGGUCUGAGUGAUGAGCGCACUGGAGAAUGGGAGUGGCUGGAUGGGACACCUUACACUGUGCUCAGAAGUGAAUGGAUGCCUGGGCAGCCAGAUGACUGGCGUCUCCAUGGUUUGGGUGGGGGUGAGGACUGUGCUCAUUUUCACAGAGACGGACGCUAUAAUGACGACCACUGCUCCCGUCGUUACCGCUACGUCUGCAAAGCUCCAAUCAGCGCCAACCUGAAACCCUUCACUGAUUAGUGUCCUUCAUUUGAAGACUGUGUAUCUGUGUGUGGAAACGUAAUAUGCAUGUUAUGAAUUGAUAAAGAGUGGAAGCAGG